GUUUGACAGUUGAGCUCAAACGUGUAAAGAAAUUUGUGUUUUGGUUCCGUACGCAGCAGAUUUCCUGCUGAAAUUGUUGAAAUUAGUUGAAUUCCAGUGAAAUUCCGGAAUAUAACAGUGUGCAUAAUGGCAGCCGCAGUAGCCCCGAUGCGCCCGUGGAAUCCGACAUUCCAGCACGCCGACCGGGAACGGUGGGUUUGCAUCUAUCCGGCGUACAUCAACAAGAAGAAAACCCGUCAGGAGGGACGUCGCAUCCCGAAGGAGCAGUGCGUUGAUAAUCCGUCCUUCCAGGAGAUCCGGGACGUGAUGCAUUCGCUGAAUCUGAACGUGAUUGUGGAAAAUAAGCAGUAUUCGCGGGAAAAGAGCAAGGAACUGGCCUACCGUGGACGGAUCCGUGUGCAAUUGAGGAACAACGACGGAAGCCCAAUUCUGAAGGAGUAUCCCAGCAGAGACAGUUUACUGGUCUUUUUAGGAAAGAUGAUUCCGCAGCUAAAGUCCAGACAGGGCAAGCCGGCGGAACCACUAGCACAGGCUAGCAGUUCCGGAGGAGGUGGGAGCGGUGGCGGACAAUCUCACAAGAAGGGCAAGGGAAAGCGACGAUAGAGAGGUAGGUUUUUGGUUCGGUUCUAAUUACUUGAGGUUUAUAACAUGUGCAAAUGAAUUACGAUUGUUUGGA